CAUUCCGCUGAUAGCGUUGCUACCUCUCUGCGGCUCUCUCCGAUUCUCGCUCCCUCUCUCGCAAACAAAGUGGAAAAUAGAAAAAAUAUUAUAAAUAUGCUAACAUCGCGAUUCGGGGCGCAAUGUUUAGUCAUUCAGAUUCUAGCAAUGGCAGCGAGCGGUACUGGUACUAAGUUGGAAGGUGGCACAUGCCCCGUGGCCAGGGGCUCCAGCUGCGGCGGCGGAGGAACACCUUCGGACCAGGCCCGCUACGACAACUAUCGCAUUUACAACGUGGAGUUCGAAAACGAGGAGCAGAUCACACUGUUCCAGAAGCUGGAGGAGCAGAGCGACAGCCUCACCUUCAUUGGCCAUGCCCGCGAGAUUGGUCAGAAGCUGUCCAUCCUGGUGUCGGCGCAUCGCGUGGCUGACAUCGCCGAUCUGCUCAAGACCUACAAGGUGAAGCAUCGGAUUCUGACCUACAAUUUCCAGGAGAAGAUCGACCGCAACCUGGGUGAGGUUCAGCCGGAGAGUAUAGAUGCCUCGCAGUUCGACUGGCAGCACUUCUUCCACCUGAAAACCAUAUACGAGUGGCUGGAGAAGAUGGCCGAUAAGUACCCUCAGCGCGUGACCGUCCUGGACAUGGGCACCAGCACCCAGGGCAACGCCAUCAAGGGCGUCAAGUUGACCAGCAAUCCUAAUAACAAGGCCAUCUUUAUUGAGAGUGGCAUUCAUGCCAGGGAGUGGAUUGCCCCGGCAGCGGCCACGUAUAUCAUCAACCAGCUGCUCACCUCCCAGGAUCCAGGGGUGCAGAAACUGGCCCAGGAUUACAACUGGAUCGUGUUUCCCUGUGUGAAUCCUGAUGGCUACAAGUACACCUUCGAACACGACCGGAUGUGGCGCAAGAAUCGUCAGUUGUUUGGCACCUGCCGUGGCGUGGAUCUGAAUAGGAACUAUCCGGAUCACUGGAACUCCACGGGGUCUAGCAGUGAUCCCACCCGAUACGAUUAUGCCGGGCCCUCCGCUGGCAGCGAGCAGGAGACCCAGCGCUUGAUUGAAUUCAUACGCUCAAACGUGGAGAAGGAGCAGAUUAAGACCUAUAUUGCCCUGCACUCGUACUCCCAGAUGCUGAUGUUCCCGUAUGGCUACACAAAGGAUCGGGUGUCCAACUACGACGACCUGCAGGAGUUCGGCAAGAAGGCAUCGGCGGCCAUCAAGGCGGAGAGUGGUAGGGAUUACGUGAGUGGCAGUCUUUAUGAGACCAUCUACCCGUCAAGCGGAGGUAGCAUGGAUUGGGCGCAUUCCGAGGCGGGAAUACCGAUUGCGUACACCUUCGAGCUGCGCGGUCCCGAUAGCCAGGACCUGUUCAUCCUGCCCGCCGUGGAGAUCCAGCCAACGGCCAGCGAGGCCUUCACCGCAAUUCGCACCAUCGUGGAGUCGGCAGCCGAGAAGGGCUACUACAAGUGAAGACCCGAGAUUACCCGGAGCCAGCAUUUUUUACGUUCAACGAUCUAGACAAACUUUAAGUGCAUUUUUUAUCGGCGACACGAUAUUAUCUUUGUCUGUAUAAAAAUAAACUGAUAUAAGAGCAA